AUGUCGUCAGUUGCGAGUGUCGAUGCUGCCAAACAACUGGCUCACGAUAUAGCUGGACAGCAGCUCCUUAUUCCUAGCCUUUGGCACUGGCUUGCCGACUGGCCGGCAGCAGUGAACCAGAACUUGGAACGUCUCCGACCAGUAGUCGACACCAUUAUUGACAGCUCGAUAAUCGAUGAAGAGAAACGGAACCACAUCAAACGCCAUGAUUUUGCUCUUCUUGCCGCUCUAAUGUAUCCAAGAGCGGAAUGGAGGGAGCUUCAGAUCGUUGCAGCGUAUAAGGUUUGGGUUUUCAUAUGGGACGACGAGAUUGACCUCGGACAAUCUGAGACUGCGUUAGAUAAAGAGAAAACCGGCCAAUACUGCAAAAAGUCGCUCGCCUAUAUACGCCAUGUGUUACAGCUUGACACUGAUAAUGGCACUGAUAUCGGCCUUCAUCAUUCGCCGUACAAGUGUAUGGCUGCAUUUAAAGAAGUUUGUGAUGGGUUGGUUGAGACGGCAGAUGCAGACCAGAGAGAGCGAAUCUUUCGUGAAUUAGAGAUAUACAUCUCUCAAGUCGUGAUAGAGCAAGGUCGGCAGCAAGACGGGAAGCUACCAACCUUGGAGGAGUAUGUUAGCAUGCGAAUGGGAUCUGUGGGUGUAACUCCAUAUAUUGCUUGCUUUGAGGCCACGAACAGAAUCCAGCUGCCUCGGUCCGUUAUGGACUCGAAAGAGAUGAGCAUCAUUUGGGAAGAAACCACAAUGUUGAGCUUGGUUAUUAACGACAUAUACUCUUGCCAAAAGGAAAUUGCAUCAGGCUCGAUUCAGAACUUAGUCCCGGUUAUGUGGAAUGAAACUAAGAAUAUGGGGCAUGUCGUUGUUGAUAUAAUUAGCAUAUUGAAAGAAUCUGUGAAGAAGUUUGAACGGGCGUUCAAAAUGCUAGAAGGGCAAACUAGCCUCGACAGUAAGUUGGAUAACGACAUGAAGGCCUUCGUGGAUAACUGCCGUACAUGGGUGACUGGUCUGCUGGAGUGGACUCUCACAUCAGAACGAUACAAAAUGUACCAGUAUUUGCACCAAGAUGGCUCUGUCGUUGUGCCUCUUUAA